CUUUAUUUUUUCAAGGAGUUUGUGUUGUGGAUGAGGACCUAAAAUCAUUAACUGCCAAAAUACAAAAUUACUCGUUGUCACUUAUGCCGUGAAUUAUCAGACUUCCUGGCAUCCAUGGUUUAUGGAAUUUAAAUUCAACAAAACUCAUAUGUAAUUUUCUUCUCAGCCAGGAGCCAGGUCUACGUUGUCAUUGCUGGGACGUUCGCGUUGAUAAGAGCGGGGGCGCGCAAACGAUAGGAAGCACCCCACCCUCAAGAGCACUAAGCCUUGCGCGUGCUCAAGAGCCCGUAGUUUCCGUUUUCUUUCCUAGUGUUGGGGGCAGAUAUCUGCGCGGAGCGCCGACUGUCCUCUGCUUUCCAGCUUUGAAAACGCCUAAAUUGCAGAGUCAGCGGCAUACUCCUGACACAACAGGCACGUGUUUAUCAUUAGGUCCAUUGAGGAACCCAGAUAUGGAUGCUGAGCAGAACCAGGUGUUGGACACCGCAUCAGAGACUCGAGAGCAACAGGAGACUGGAGCAGGAGACUGCCCCCAGUCACAACUCGCCUCUCCAAUAGAUCCUACAGAAUCACCAGUGAAUGUGCAAGAAGUGGCGCGUUUGCCAGAUAUGGUGACAGAAUCAGGAAAGUCAGAAGAAAUGCAAGAGACAGCGCCCAAAGGAGAAAAAUCACCAAAGAAAAUGUCUGAAUCUCCUGAGAAGGUUCCAGAGACAUCUACAGAAGUUGUGACUAAAGCAGAGAAGUACCCAGAAAAACAACCAGAACUAGAGAGUUCAACAAAGGUCUCUGAGUCAGCUACAGCAUUGUACUUGGAACCAGAAAAAAUCCAGACCACAGAGCCUGACAAGCAGCCAAUGCCAGAGAAAACACCAGAGCCUCUGCCUUUAGAUGAGCCUCUAGCAGAGAAUAACAUUGAAACUGCGCCAGAGAAAAUGGCUGAACCCGUCCCAGAGGCUGUUAAACUGUCUGAGCAGGCAGCGCCCGAGCCUGUCACACAGCCAGAAUCUGAGGACGUGCAACUGCUCAAACCAGAAGAGAAAGAGCCUGAGGAAUCUGAGAAGCAGGCAGAAUCUGGGAUUGUGUUGGCGGUGGUGCCAGAGAUGUCAGCGGAGCCUAAAACUGUAAAAGAAGUGGAGGCAGACAAGCAGACCGAAGUUGAAAUUGUACUGGAACCAGAGCCAAAGAAACCAGUAGAGGCUGAGACUGUGAUGAAAGAGAAACUGGUAGAAGCUGAAAUUGUAAAAGAAGUAGAGUCAGAGAAACGGGCAGAAGGUGACGCAGUGGAGCAGCAGGAGGCCGAAGUUGUCGAGCAGAUUCCCGCUCCUGGCACCCUGUCUUUCGCCUUCCUGGAGCAUGAGCUGACCAAAGCCACACUUCGCACCUCUCGCACUCUAAUCAUCCUCAGAGGCCUCCCCGGCAGCGGCAAGAGCCUCUUGGCACGUGCUAUUGCAGAUAGCUACCAGGGUCUCUGCACUGUCUGCUGUGCUGAUGACCAUGGUGUGAAACCGGAGAGUCCAGAAGCAUCGGCAGAUGGGUACAAGGCUUUUGACGAUGCUGUGGUAGCCUGCUGCAGUGUAGGAACAUCUGCUCAAGUGAUAGUGGUGGAUGACACCAACCAUACCCAUGAUCGGCUGGCCCGCCUGGGGGAGGUGGCAGAGCAGCACCGGCUGGUGGCCAUGUUUCUGGAGCCCCGCACUGAGUGGAGCAGAGACUUGCCACAGCUGGUCAAGAAAACUCAGCGGGGGCUAGAGGAGGCCCAGAUCCAGGCCAUGAAAGUUCCUCUUGAGGAGACGUCCCUGCCCCUUUUCUUUGGCUGGUUCCUUCUCCCUGGCAUCCAGGACAAGGUCAGGUGCACGUCCAUGGAUUUCCUGAAGACACUGGACACUCUUGAGGCCUUCAAGAAGCACUUGCCUGACUUCACUGUUGAGGCUGAGAAAGAGGUGGACCUGGAGCAGUAUUUCCAAGCCAAUGGCACUCUUCAUUGCACUACCAAAUUCUGUGACUAUGGCAAAGCUGAGGGAGCCAAGGAAUAUGCAGAUAAACCAGCCAUUAAAGAGUUGUAUGGCUCUGCGUUCGAGCUGUCCCUCAGUGCCCUCUUCGUCACACCUCGCACUGUUGGUGCCCGGGUUUCACUCUCUGCGGAUCAGUUGACCCUGUGGCCUGCCGACGCUGAGAAGGAGGCAGUGUCUGUAGUCCCGGCCGCCGCCACCCUGCCCGCUUGCAGCCGAGCCCACAUCACCCUGGGCUGUGCGGAGGGCGUUGAGCCACAGCAGACGGGCUUCGACCUGCUGGAGAUCCUAGCGCUGCAGCAAGAGGGUCAGGAGGGAGAGCUGGUGGAGGAGAUGGAGCUCGGCUCCCUGACCUACUACGGCAAGGGGAGGUGGCUGCUCAGUCUGAGGGAGCCCGUCUCCGCCCAGGCCUGCUUCUCCAGCCUCUACGGGCCCAAGAAGGCCGACUCGACCAAGAAAGACGGGGACAAGAAGAAGAAGCAAAAGUGCACCAUACUGUAAAGGAGAAGUGGAAGGUGGUGAUGGAUGGCUCGGGAUGAGUGGCGUACUAGUGUUCUGAUUUGUCUGUGGGGAAGUUUGUGUGUUUGUGCUACUUUUGGGGUUUGGGAGGCGUCUUGGAUAUCCCACCCCAAAUUCACAAGCUGUGUGCCUUUCUCUCUUGCUUUGCUGCACAACCCAAGAGGCCUUUAAACCACAGUUUAGGUCAAGCUUAGCAUCUUGUUCGGUGUCUUGUCAUGCGUUUUAGUGCCAUAGAUGCAAUUGGAUAGGAUUUCUGAAGACGAGGCCUGAUUUCAUGGCUCAGCUGCGGUUUUGGCAGAUGAAGUACUGCUUCUCCUAGUACCGCUUCUCCCCGUUUGACCACUAUUUUCCCUACUCAAUUCACGUCUAACACUAUAUACAACCCCUUCCGCAUAUGUCAGUGUUAAGCAUUUAGGUGUUCAUGUUUUGUGUGAGUGGCUCAAAUAGUGUUUUCAUUGCAUGCCAGGUUUAGCAGAUGUAGUUCUAGUCAUGACUUAGCUUGUUCGCAAAAUAAGUUGCGCAUCUAUUUCAGUCAUUUCCUGUGGUUUAGCCAUGUGUUUGUGCAUUUGUAUGUUUGGUACGAAGGAAAGAGCUGGGUAACUUCAUAAGUAGCUCAUGGGCCAAAAAGGGUGUCUGUGUAUGCUUGAUUGGAUGUGCUGAACUGUGAAUGUCAUUCUUAGAGGCCAUUCCUAAUUAACUCUUUUUGCACGAUGCUGCAGAAAUCAAAGGGAGAAUGCUGAUGAAUGUGCAGUUUGUUUCAUUAGCUGGCACUUACUUGGUACUUAUCAAAUGCUGUGAAACCAAGGCCACAAUUCUGUAGUAUAGGAGACUGCAGCCUGGGCUCAUCCCUCUUUCUGUCAGUUAGUUUUUGCAUGUCAACUUGUAUGUAUCCACUGUCUGUUCAUGACUGAUGUGUAGGUUUCUUAGGGCAAAGCCAUGCUUGUUUAGUUCUUCCAAUGAGUCACUAUUUUUGCACAUGUUUUGUACACUUAAUAAAAUAAUUUGCUUUGCACCAAA